AUGGACAGAAGAGCUAAAGAGCAGGUAGAGGAGCCUGACACAGGAACCCCUGCUCUCCAGCCUCGUGGAGGUUUCCAGAGCGGUCAGGAGAUGCAGAAGAUCAACAAGAAGAAGCGAACCCCGAGGACCAAAGCAGCUCAUCAGACCAUCGUGGUCACCUCCCCAGACUGCUGCCUGCUCAUCACUUACUCUCCUGUGUAUAACAGAGUUCGGGCGGAGAGCGUCCUGUCUCUGCGGGAGGACAGCGGUGUGCUGGACGGAGUCAGGACUCAGCGGUACCGACAGACACCGACUGACCGUGAAAGCCUCACGGUGCACACUGACAGUAGUUCGCACCGUGCUGCUACCCUUAGUUCGGAGCCCCGUGCAGAACUCUCCAUCGCCAGCAGCACCAGAGGGAACCGCUUCGUAUUCGGACCUGUGGCUAGUGCUGCGGCAGCAACGACCCUGCUGCUGGCUCAGAUCGAGAGUCAGAGCCGGAUCGCUCUCCAGCAGCUUGCGACUCUCGCGACCAUCGCUGUUGGCAGCAGCGGGUUUGCAGCAGCGUUGCCGCCUCACCUGGCCCUCCUUAGUCUCCUCAACAGACAGCAGGUCUCGGCUGUGGGCUUCAACACGAACAGUAAAACCUACAGAACCACAAGGACGCGUCUGUCUGCUGCCAUGUAUCACCAACACUCUCAGCAGCAGGGAUCGCAGCCUUUUCCUAACGGACCUCGGCCUCCUCUCCAUCAGCCGCCUCCCAACCAGCAUCAGAAUCAUGCUAACAUGCAGGUGAUGAGUUUCCCUUUUCCUCGUCCCACCCAGCUUCCUGAUGAGCUGGAGUCUGCCCUGGCUAUCCGCGGCGCCAGGGACAUGGACCAUCGCCAAAUGGACCACUUGAAUCGACCCAACCUGCACCAAAACCAGGGCUCAAGUUCUGGGAUCAGUCAGCACGGAAGCUACGGCUCUAACACGGUGUCGCUUCCUGCUGACAGUCAGCCUGGUCACCAGCAGGGAGUGGACUGGUCAAGCUACCAGCCUCCAACUAAACUGUUUGCCGGUCCUGCACCUAAUGCAAGCCACCAGGGGCAACAACAGCCGCCCCAGGGCAGCCAAGUAGGAGCAAGAGUUCCCACCUGGACUCCCCCCGUCAGUGACUCAUUGUCUCCCCAAGCUCGGCACCCCCAAGGCGGCGGUGGGGACGGUCAGGGCUUGUACACACCAGAGAGUGCAGGAAGCAUCUUGGCAAGCUUUGGACUUUCAAAUGAGGACUUGGAGGUGCUGAGUCACUACCCCGAUGACCAGCUCACCCCAGAUACUUUGCCGUUCAUACUCCGUGACAUCCAGAUCAACAAAUCAGGCAACCAGAAAACCGUGGCUUCUGUUUCCUCGUCCUCGUUUCCACGUGGCGUCCGUGACAUCCCGCCGCUGCCUGCUGCCCACUCUGCUCCUCUGGCACAUCCAGGCUCCACGGAAGUGCCCAGCCUUCUCACCGUUACACAGACCGCAGGCAAAGUCAUCGACUACGGCCACGCCAGUCGGGCAAAGGACGAGAGCGGCACCAGAGAGACUUUCAAAAGAGAGCCGCUCUCCAGUGAAAGGACAGUUAAAAUGUACGCGGUGGCGUCGGCGGCGCCCUCAUCGGCUCCGAAACCGGAUAAAAGCGAAAGGAGACAAGUUCAUCUGGAGCACACUGAAUCCAGCAAGCAUGGAGACAGGGACUACCGCAGGACGAGCGGCGACCAGCGCAAGAGCAGUCGCUCACCGGGGAGAGAAUUUCCAUCGUCGCCGACGUCUCGCAAUCUGGACAGAGACUACAGGCGGGACCGAUCCAAACUCAGGCCCUCGUCUGAAGCCAGGAGCGAGGCUUCCUCCAGACGCUCUCUCUCGUCUUCAUCUGGCUCAAAGCCUCACAACAGCAGCAAGAAGUUACCCACCCCCACCAUGAUAAGUGAUUUCUCAGCUGUGUCUCCAAAGGUGUAUCCUCAUACCUGCUCCCUGUGCCACACACAGUGUGAUCAGGAAAAGGACUGGGUUGACCACGUUAACACCGUCAACCACACCGCCGCCUGCAGAGACCUGCGCAACAAGUACCCUAGCUGGAAGCCAAAUCUACCAAGCCGGAGCGGACGCUAUGGCAGCCGGGCUCUGUGGAACCCCAAGGAUCGCUCCUCGCUGCAUUCCACGUCUCGAUCCCUCUCUCGUUCCCCGACCCCGAGUCCUCCAGGAGGCAAACACAGGGUGGACGCCCACCCCCACAGGCCCCAUGGGAGGCCUUACUCCCCCCACAGCCACCCACGACACCGGCAUUACACAGAACGCGGCCGUCGGUUUGAGCCCCGCCCCUCCGGCUCCCACAGCCCCACUUACCCGAACCGAGCCUCCCCGUCGUCCAGAGAGCAGUGGCCUGAGAGGACGGACAGGGAACCAUCAGGGGGCUUCGCUCGCGGCUGUGUGAAGCGCCCACGUGUUGAUUUAGCCAAGCGCCCUGCUGACGGCAAGCGACGUCAGCUGCCAUCCGCCCCAGGUCAUCGCGUCAAACACGGACCACCGCAGCUCUCCAACAAGAGCUUCAAGGGCGUGAUGAAGCCUGGAGCCAAGACAGCUAAGAUGUCUGCCAAACCUCCACCUGCUAAGAAGAAGAAGAAAGUCGUGACUCCAGCUUCUCAGGACUCGUCUAUCGCAGAUCGUCUGGUGUACCUGACCGGCAUCCCCAAGGAUGCCUCGGAACAGGAAGUCACUGACUUGGUCGGAUCCUUUGGCAAGAUCAACAACGUGAUCCUCAUGCCGUGCUCAGAGGAGGAGACCGAGAAGGGCCAAGGACAGAAGGCGUCUGUCUGCAUGGUGAAGGCUGAGGACGCCCAGGCUCUGGCUACCUCCACAAACCUCCACAUCAGAGAGCAGGAACUCACAGCUUCAGUAGCCAAGAAACUUGAAGCAGGCCCGUCUUCUGAAGCCAACAACAGCAGACCAGUGGUGGGCCAGGACAAAGGUGCAGCCGGGAACAACGCUGAUGUGCCCACCGGCUCCCUCCAGCCGGUAGAAGCUGAGGCUGACCAGAAGACGUCUGAAGAGAAGGGCCUGGUUCUGAUCACUGGACUCCCUGAGAGCGGCUGGUCGGACGGCGACGUUGUCGAGCUGCUCCAGCCUUUUGGGACUCCCUCCGACAUCGUCAUGGCAACGCAGAUAGGAAAAGUGCUUGUGUCGGUGCCAAACAUGGAGGUUGCUCAAGAGAUAAUAAAAGUGCACACCUUCAUGCCUGCUAAGAUCAACGGCUCUGAACUGAAGAUGGUCCUCCUCAAGCAGCACGUGGGCCUCAGCACGCCGGUGGCGCUCUACAAUCUUCUGAUGGGAUCAGUGGAUCCAUUAGAGAGUCCAGCUCCGGUCGGCUGGAGCAGCCUGCUGGUGAUCAGUAACGUUCCCAACACACCGCCAGGCUCCUCUGAGGUCCAGAAGCUGGUGCAGCGCUUUGGUACUGUCAUCAAAACCCUAGUGCUGAACAACAUGGUCAUCUGUCAGAUGGCGACUGCAGCCAUGGCGCUGUCGGUCUACAAACGCUUCCAGACGUUUCCGUGCAUCAUUCAGAGCAAUCCUCUGUUCUUCUCCCGCAAGCCCGACCCCAAAGCCAGCACACAGGCUAAAGUCAUCGCUGCAUACAUCGACUCUUCUGAGGACACACCUGCACAUGGCAAAGCCAGCGAAGCAGCUGCAGACGACGGGGAGACGGCGCCCAGAGAGAAAUCUGAACCUCCGCUGGAGGAGAUGGAUCAAGAAGGUGACAGGAAGGAUGAAAAGACGAGCACCCAGGAGACAGCUGAAGAUGACGUUUUAGGAGAAAACGGAAGCAAAGACGACGUUUUGAAAAAGAUGGAGCCCACAGUUUCUGAAUCUUUGGCAGCACCAAAUAUCGACCCGGAAGCAGACGUGGCGGCAGACACGAGGGAACCGCCAGCUGUUGAAAGUGUCACAGAGACGGUAGAAGAGAAAGAAGGCGUCGGUGCAGUGGAAGUGGGCAAUGAAGAGACUGGCGCCGGCGACGAGACAAAACCGUUUGACAGCAAAGCAGCUUCCCAGGAGGCAGCCAUGCCGGAGCUCCCGAAGGUCACUCAAGCCAUGGUUAACGCAUUGCUGGUGGAGUGCAGAACAAAAACCGUCGGCCAUCCCAACAACACAGCAGCUCCCCCCAGUGGAGGAAAGGAGGCAGCGCAGGUGAAAACAAACCAGUCAGAGGCGACGAAAGAGCCAGCCACGGACCAGCCCCCGAGCGUGGACGAAGAGGAAGGGCUGAAGAAGCAGGAGAAGGAGAGGAAGGAGAGGGAGGCAAAGAAGGAGAAGGAAACCAAGGAAAGGGAGAGGAGGGAGAGGAGGGUCAAGGAGAAGGAGGACAGGGCCAGACAGAGGACAGAGUGGCUGGAAAAAGUCCGAAGGGACGGGAAGCAGUGGGACAGGAAGGAGUGGGCCAGGAAGGAGUCGGAGAGGAAGGAGAGGAAGGAAAGGGAGAGGAAGGAGUGGGAGAGGAAGGAAAGGGAGAGAAGGGAGAGGAAGAGAGGCUACGGGGAGAGCCUGUCGGGGUCGAGGUCGUCCUUCAGGUCAGAGGGAUCCAAGCAGCAGCGGUACAACGAGGAGACCGACGCCAGGAUGGUGGAAGAGGAGGAGUGUGACGAGUUCCCGUUCAACAUGAGCGACUUUGUGACUUUAGAUGAAGUCGGAGACGUUACUGACCUUCCUCGCUCUCCUUCUGCGGUCGCCAUGGAAACCUCAGAGGGACCAGAGGACGCGUCCACGUCCGUCCAACAGGACAUUUCAGGGGACGCCCCCGUGGAGGCCACCGUGACUCCGGCACAGUCCGAUGAGCCCGUCUCAGAUUCAGGGCAGGUCAGUGCGCCUACAGCCGAGGCUUCAGACGGUUUGCCAAACAUCCCACCUGGUCUGGUUCUUGAUGCCGUAGUGCCCCCUCCAGCGGUGUCACCACGUGACCCUCGUCAAACACCUGUGCCAACAUGUCCACCAGAAGAACCCGAGGCUGACACCACACAUGGGCCAGACGACCCGCUGGCUGCCACUCCAGACUGCACCCCAAAGGCUGAAGCUCUGCCCACGCCUGCUCCUGCAGCUCCAGCUGGCUCCUCCUCAGACAGCCCAGCAGCAGGUGUGGCGGCCGCAGGGCGUCUAGAAGAUGAGAAAGAAGACGAUCCUCUGAAUCCUGAGCAGGCGAAGGAGGAGGAGGAGGAGGCGGUGAACAGACAGGAGGAACAGGGGGAGCUUCACGACAAGGAGAACAAAGAGACAAGAGCUGCAGAAACAGGAGAGAGAUGUGAAGACCACGGCGACUCCAAAGAGGAUAGUGGGAAGACCACAGUAAAGACGGAGACGCCCAUGAAGUCAGACCAGUCCCUCCCUCCGUAUGACUCCAGCAACCCUGUCGGUAUGGAGUUCUUGGUCCCAAAGACGGGUUUCUUCUGUAAGGUGUGCAGUCGAUUCUUCAGUGGAACCAAGGAGGCGGAAAUAAAUCACUGCAAAUCCCUCAAACACUACAAGAGCCUGCAGGCAUACCUACAGAGCACGAACACUGCAAGUCCGGCUGGCACAUGACACCAACUGGAUGCGGCUGACAAACCCUUUGGCUGAAUUUUACCUUCCUCCUUCUAACGUAUUGUGUCCUCAUUUCUCAUUAAGGGUCCAGAUUCUCAUGUUGGUGUGGAUUAGCUUCAUAUCCUGUCUUAGUUUAAAUAUAUGGUAUUGACUUAUUUUUUUAUGUACAGUUAAGAGAAACAAACAUUGUGUACAGCGUCCACUGAUGGUUGGCAGCAGGAAAUAAAAUGUUUUCACUGAA